AUGUUCUGCCCAAGAGAUUUCAGUCUUUUCAUCACAUGUGUGAUUCUCUUCAUCAUCCAGUCUGGUCAUGGUUCUGAGAUUAUUGGAGGGAAAGAAGUCAAGCCACACUCGCUACCUUUUAUGGCUCUGCUGGAGCGUGAUGGACCAACGUGUGGAGGAAUAUUAAUUGAUCCAACAUGGGUCCUGACUGCUGCUCACUGUCCGAAUAUAAGUACGGUGAUCCUGGGAGUGCAUUCCAUCGAGAAAAAGAAAAAGAAAGAGACACAUUCAAGGCAGGUCCGAAAGGUUCAAAAAUGUGUUCGUCAUCCCAGCUUUUCUGAAGAAAAAAGAGUCAAUGACCUCAUGUUGCUGAAGCUUAAUGAACCAGUGCAGGAAACCAAAACUGUGAAAUGUCUCCAGCUACAUAAAAAUGUCAAAGACCCUGCAGCUGGCAGCAAGUGUCUGGUGGCUGGAUGGGGACGAACUAAAAAAAACCAACCAUCAGAUGUCCUUAUGUCUGUUAAAGUGACUGUGAUCGAUAGAGUGAAGUGCAACUCUCCUGACUAUUACAACCACAAUCCUGUUAUCACCAGUGACAUGAUAUGUGCUGGUUCAAAGGGUAAAAAAAAGACUGAUACCUGUAAGGGGGAUUCAGGAGGGCCACUGUUGUGCAAUGGAGUGCUAGUUGGAGUCACUUCUUUUGGACCUAAGGAGUGUGGUAACAUAAAAAAACCUGGAGUCUAUUCUUUUCUCUCAGAAAAACAACUCAAGUGGAUCAAGAACACAAUGGGUGCCCCUGAAAUGUGA